CCUUUUCCGUUCUCCUCGCUUCAGGCUGCUCACGGUUCCGGCCGCGCUCUCCGCACUCGUCGCCAUGCCUCGCAAAAUUGAGGAAAUCAAGGACUUUCUGCUCACAGCCAGACGAAAGGACGCCAAAUCGGUCAAGAUCAAGAAAAAUAAGGAUAAUGUGAAGUUUAAAGUUCGAUGUAGCAGGUACCUUUACACCUUGGUCAUCACAGACAAAGAGAAGGCAGAGAAGCUGAAGCAGUCCCUGCCCCCAGGUUUGGCAGUGAAGGAGCUGAAAUGAAUCACGCACACUGAUUUGAACUGUAUUAAAAUUUUUUAAAUUCUCAAAAAAAAAAAA